AUGUUGCAACAACGGAAGAAAUUGCUCAGGGCAGCUAAGAUACUCAAGGCGGCUCUGUUGGCGUACAGGGAGGCCACAUAUGACGUCGACCUGACGGGUGUACACUACGAAAGCGGAGUUCUCUGGCUUCAUCAGAACCAAAGAUCGAUCAGUACCCGAUCGAAACGAGGACCUUUUCCGAAUCACCUCGUUGCCAAUGCUCAGCACAAAGAGGCAGUGCUGGCACAUAAUUCGUGCACGACUGCAAUGGCUCUGCUAGGCCGACUGACCCGGAAAUUGCUCCAACGAAUAGCCUCAAGUAUCGAGCUAGUGGACCUGCAGAUCGGGAGGCCGCUAUUUUCGACCCGACUUGUCCCGGGCCCAGAUUCGAGCAACUGCCCGCAUACAGUCCUGAAAGUACGGCGUCUUUCUGCUGAUGAGACUUGGAUUCUCGAUACUGCGGGGUCUCAGUACGGCUUUCAGGAUGUCCUCGUCCCAUAUGAGAAAUAUGUGGCCGACAAGGCAUGCCGCAUAAUCAAUGAUCCCACCACCUACGAUGCAACCGAGACAAAGGACCUGGAUUAUUUCUCGACUAUUCCAAUGUUGAACAUUUCUUCAGCACAGAAAAGGGACAGAGAAUCAGAACGAAAGGAGCGCCUCCAUUUUGCAACCUUCGUUGACACUCAGGUCAGUGAGAAGCUGCUUAGUGGAUCCAAUUCCAACUUCAAGGACGGUCUCGACAGCUUUGUGCAAAGGCUGGGCUUGCAUAUGUCCCCUUCUGGUCAUCAAUAA